UCUAACAGGGUGUUGAGUUUCACCUGUCCUCAGUGCAUAAAAGGUGCAAUUGAGUUGAGAACUGUGAGUGCAUUCUUAUGGCGUCAGUUUAACCAAUAUUUAUUACACUUUUGGCGGGACAUUUUCCCCACUCUGCUUGUGCAUUGAUGAUGAAAAACUUAUGAAUCAUCUUGUAUUGGGUGCUAUAAUACCAAUCUCCCUAUACUUACGGUGUAUUUCUAUAUUUCCAUCACUCUUCAUAUUGUGUUUCACAUGUAAAGAAGUGCCUUUGAAGCGCGGUUCUUGGGGGACUUUAGUGAAUGUGACGUCAGUCUUUGGCCAAAAGUGAAAGAGUAAAGACGGAUUUUUUCCAAGUUCUCGCAACAGUUUUUUUUGAUUGAGCGCACCGUAUUGCAAUUAAAUUGGCAUUUUAUCAACAAAUAUAUUAAUCAAUUGAAUUUCUUUGGGAAGUAGAGAGGAAUAAUCGUUAUCAGUGAAAAUGGGUUUUAAUCGUAUAUCGUUGAUUAAAUUGCUGGAAUUGGUUCUUUCAGUAACAUGCGUUAUUCUGCACUACAACAGUUUGGGUGAAACUGAGCCCAUCACGAUCAUGCUAACAUCUGGCACUUUUAUCGGCUUCAGCAUCAUUCUCAUUGGACUGUUUGUCUGUUACUUGAUAAACUCUCCAAUUCACAAGAGGCACGACAUUUUCUACAGUCUUGUCGGCUGUAUUCUCUUCAUUGCGGCUGGUGCCUUGAUCAUUCAAGAGUGGGAAAAUGCUUUUAAGUCAGACCGAAGGAAAAUAGCCCUCUCCAAGGCAGGUCUCUCCAUCAUAAAUGGAGCUAUCUUCCUUUUUGACAUCUUCUUCGUGUUCAAGAGUUAAAAAGCUUCCCUACCACAGUAAACAUCUCUCAAGAUGUUUCUUACCAAAAAAAAAAAGAAAAACAGAAAAGGAAAGCACCCAAGAAUUACCAGAAAGACAUCUUCUGAGAUUAUUUUUUUUAACACUCUAUUUGCUAAGCUGUUUAUUCGUAUAUGACAAGGGGGAAAGCAAAAUACGAACCCUGCACUUUUUCUCUGGAGUUGUCGUCAAUCUUUAAUCAUUCCUCCUGAGCUUUUGCUGUAAAUGUCAUGUUAAAGUGUCUUAAGAAGCUUCUUCCUCUUUGUUUCAAUUUUUUUUUUAAAUAAUUUUUUCUCUGACAUUGUGCAGAGACUUUUUCUUGCAGAGGAAGUCAAUUGUUUAUGUUAAUAUUAGCUCGAUAUAAGAAAUUCUUUUACUAAGCAAUUAAGUGCUCCUUCCAUUCUAAACAUCACGCAAAAUUUUACAUGAGAUUUCUAUUUCUCACCUGUUUAUUAUUAUAAAUUGGUCUUCAAGGUCUAGAAUGAGCUAAUGCUCUAGAAUGAGUUUAAUUUAUUCUAAAGUAUCGUAAAAUUUAAUUAAUACGUCUCACAGACUUGGAGGAAGUUGCCUUUUCUGUUACAUUUCAAUUUUGAAUUAUUUGAAUUUUAAUCUAUUUGGCAUCCGCUCGGUACGCCAUCUAGGCGUCAAAUCAUUACAGCAACAAAGGUUAAAGAAAAACAUUCCUCUCGUUCAGUAAUAACCUUCCCGAUUUGAGAGCUCUCUCCGGUAGAGGUUUUUCCUUUACCGAUUCGAAGGUAUAUCAAAGAGAACUUACCUAAAAACCCGUUGGAAGUUCGAACGUUUAAACCGACGAGUUACACAAAAAUGAGCAAAUUCCUAAAAAGGACAUCUCUUUGAGUGAAAGUGCAAUUAAGAUAUUCUGCCAUCCUGAAUUUCCACAAAACUACACAAAAAUUCACUUUUUGUAGCAAACUUUGCACACUGUUGUUGACAUUGUUGACGAUUGAAGUGUCAAGAAUAUCGAAAUUCGAAAUGGCAGAACAAUCAGCGCUAAAGCGGCGAGUACGUGAACUUUCACUUUCGACUUCCGGUAGAUUUUCGAAUGGGUUUGGCAUGGCUUUGGAGUGACUUUGUCUCUUCGAAAGGUUAUUACUGAUCGGAGCCAUUAAUGGAUUAAUUUGCAGCUGAUGUUUAAAAAAGCCAAAAAUCGGUUUCGAAAACCAAAAAAGACAUUUUUACUUCUCUUUUCGCCCGCAUGAUGACGGAAACUCUUCCUUUUCAACAACAACAAAGGUUCAGGAAAAGCGUUAAUUGCUUAAUUUGUAGCUGGAAUUUAAAACAGUCGAAGAUCGGUUUCGAAAACCAAAAAGACAUUUUUACUUCUCGUUUCGCCCGCAUGAUGGCUGAAAUGCUUCCUUUUCGAAUUCGAAAGUGUAUUGAGUCUUGUCAUUCGCAAGAAGAUCUUGAAAAAUUCGAAGAUCUAUUUGAAAAGCCUAAAGAGACAUUCUCGCUUCUUGAUAAUUCCGCAAGUUGGCUGAAGUACAUCCUGUUUGAAUUUCGAAGUGCUGAAGUGUCAAAAUGUGUCGGUCUUCACUUUGUUGUGAGGGAAAAAACAAAGCAACGACGUUUAUUGCUUCUGUCGCAUUAUUUAAUCACUCCAUAAUCACUGAGUAACUCUUUUGUGAGCUUUUUAGUACAAUAUUUCGAAAAUUCGAAAUUGAAUUUGAAUUCUUCGAACUUCAACGACUUUUUGUGCAAAUAGAGUUCCAUUUACCUUUCAUCCAAGACACUAUUGGAGAAUCAAAAUCUACUUGGGAUCGGGCUCGCUUUGUCUCGUACGUUUAUGCACUGUUAUUGACACUUUUGAUGUUUGAAGUGUCAUGAAAUGAAUAUCGAAAAUUCGAAAUGGAAGAACAGACAGCGAUAAUGCGGCGAAUAUGAGAACUUGUACUUUAAACUUCCGGACGAUUUCCGAACAGAUUUGACUUGGCUUUGUCUCUUACGUUUAUGCACUGUUAUUGACGCUUUUGACAUUUGAAUUGUCAUGAAUAUCGAAAAUUCGAAAUGGAAUAACAGCCAGCGUUAAAGCGGCGAAUACGUUAACUUGCACUGUAGGCUUCCGGUAUAUUUUCGAAUAGAUUUGGCUUGGCUUUAGAGUGGCUUUGUCUCUCCGAAAGGUUUAUAACUAAAUAAAGGCAACUAAAUUUGUUUACUCCGCGCUCACUUUACAAAAUUGGUACUUUACAUUCGUAAUUUCCUGUCUAUUUUUGCAGAAAAUGUCAAAAAAUAUUUGAUGUGAAUUCUAUAAGUUUUUCCCAUACAUUUUUUCGAUCUGAUUGACCCAUUUGGUAUAAAAUUUUCAAUGGAAUGUAACAGGAAGUUCUAAGAGAAAUUUCCAGUUUGAAAUUCCUCAAGUCUGUGUGACCUAUAAAAGACAAAAAUGCUCUCUGAAAAAUACAAAAAUUUGGAAAUGGUUGAAAGGAGCAACCUGUUUUUAUCAUGUUAAGGAAGUGAGAAACAUGAAUUAAUUAGCAGCUGAAUAUUUAAUUUUAUCACACAUUUAUAAAUAUUUAUAAAUGGAAGGUAAUAUUUGCUAUUUCUGUCCUCCAACUUCAUCUCGAGCUUACGCCAAAUCGAUAAUUUAUUCUUGAUGGUGAAUCAAGAAUGUCACAGAGUGGCCAAAAACUCCAAAAAAAUGUAAUAGAACAAAGAAAAAUAAACUUAUAUCCAAAAUGUCCCAAGAGGCAAAAAGUAACAGAGUUCAAAAGCAUAUCUUUUUCUCUAGAAUCCACAGAAUAAACCAAUAAAACUAUUUUUGUAUGACAGAAUGUUUGAUAAAAAUAUAUAUUUAUAAGAUAUUUACAAUAAUGUUUUAUCUAUAAAGAAAUUUUCUAUUUUGUAAUAUUUCUUCCUCAAUAAUGAGAAUUGAUGUUUAAUAUGAAUCUUUUUAACAAGAGUAUUUUGAUUGUUAGAAGUAAUAAAAGCCCAGGCAAUUGCUAAA